AUGGCUACGGAGGACGGCGCACGUGCGCUGGGGUGUGUGGAGUCAACAGAAGAAAUCACCGAGAUAGGAGGAGGACCCGGCGAUUAAUCCAUCGACGCCUCUCCAUCGCUCUCCCGCUUGCUUCUUCUCACCCUCAACUCCUGACGCGAUGAUCGAAAGGGCGAAACGGAAACCCUAGGGCACUGCCUCCCCUUACUCCCAAAGAAGCCGGUUUCAAACCCUAGGAGGCUGCAUCCGUCUCCGGCACCCACGGCGGAGGACGGGAAGCGCGCGGUGGCGGCGGUGGCGGUGGUGGAAGGAGGGUUGGAGAAAGGAAGGUCGUCGGCGGGGCCGGGGCUGGGGACCGGGCUGCGGUAUCUCGCCGGGGUCGCCGGGGGGUGGUGGGACAAGUGGAUGGUAAUGGGAGCCGCGGGGUCCAAGCUCGAGAAGGCUCUUGGAGACCAGUUCCCCGAAGGCGAGCGAUACUUCGGCCUCGAGAACUUCGGCAACACUUGCUAUUGUAACAGCGUCUUGCAGGCAUUAUAUUUUUGUGUUCCAUUCAGGGAGCAGUUACUCGAAUAUUAUUCAAAUAACAAGAACCUAGGAGAGACAGAGGAGAACAUUUUGACAUGUUUGGCAGAUUUGUUCACUCAGAUAAGUUCCCAAAAGAAAAAAACUGGUGUUAUCGCUCCAAAACGUUUUGUGCAGAGAGUGAAGAAACAGAAUGAGUAUUUCCGUAGUUACAUGCACCAGGAUGCGCAUGAGUUUUUGAAUUUCUUGCUGAACGAGCUCGUUGAAGUUCUUGAGAAAGAGUCUAGUGCUGCAAAAAGUUCCCCUGAAACCUCAUCAGCAUCAGAAAAGACUACUAAUGGGCCAGUCCACCCUCAAGCAAAUGGAGUCCGUAAAGAGCCACUUGUUACAUGGGUCCAUAAGAGUUUUCAGGGUAUAUUGACCAAUGAAACUAGAUGCUUACGGUGUGAAACGGUCACUGCAAGGGAUGAAACCUUUUUUGACUUAAGCCUUGACAUUGAGCAAAAUAGUUCUAUCACAAGCUGCCUCAAAAACUUCAGUUCAACGGAGACUUUAAAUGCUGAAGACAAGUUCUUCUGUGACAAGUGCUGCAGUUUGCAGGAAGCCCAGAAAAGGAUGAAGAUUAAGAAGCCUCCGCAUAUCCUGGUGAUCCAUCUCAAGCGCUUCAAGUAUAUUGAGCAGCUUGGCCGAUACAAGAAAUUGUCAUACCGGGUUGUGUUUCCCAUGGAGUUGAAGCUUAACAACACGGUUGAUGAUGCAGACUCUGAGUACUCUCUCUUUGCGGUUGUGGUACAUGUCGGGAGUGGUCCCAACCAUGGACACUAUGUCAGCCUUGUUAAAAGCCACAACCAUUGGUUGUUCUUUGAUGAUGAAAAUGUGGAGAUGAUAGACGAGUCCAUUGUGCAGACGUUCUUUGGGUCCGCACAGGAGUACUCAGGCAAUACAGAUCAUGGGUACAUCUUAUUCUAUGAGAGCCUUGGAGGAAGAAGUUAAGAGAGAGGUUUUCGUCACAGCUGGUUAUUUGCCUGGCGCUUGUUUACCUCCAUUACUUUCCCCUCCAUGGAACAAUUAGACGUUCUUGGAGCUGUGUAAGAUGAGAUGUGAAAGAUGUGAUCUUUUGGGUGAUUGUAGUGUACAGUGGAUAGUGGAAAUGCACCGUCUGUUUCUUCAACAAUAAAAUAGAAGUCUACAUGGGUGGUAAAGGUUUUAGUCGUGUUGUAUUCUUCAAUGUUGAUAUAUAAUAGACAAUGCGAUCUUCCCCCAGAGAGUAUUUCUUGUGAGCUGUAGCUGCAUGUAUUGGAAAGCAGGACUUAUAGGACUUUUUCUUGAGCCUUGAUACCUUUGACUGUACAUGCGAGGGGGCCUGGAUCUUCCGCACUUUAUAAGCCAGUUUUGUCUAUCAAAUUUUGGCAAAUGUAAAAACCUAGACAGGAAAUUAGACUGCAGGUAAUUGUGUCUGUAAUUGAAUUGAAUGGACUGGAUUCUCAACUUUUUAAGGUUUAUGCAGGAUUCUGUUCUCUGACAA